AUGCGCCGGCACCAGGAUAACCACGGAGACUUGGAAAUGGACUGGUUCCACAAGUACGGGGCUGUUUACCGGACAAAUGGGUGUUUCGCUACAGAUAUCCUGAUGGUUUCGGACCCCAAAGCUCUUCAUCACAUGUUCCACUCCUCCGACUAUCGUUUCAUCAAGCCUAGAGACACGGUCUUUGUGUUGGAUCUUCUGCUUGGACAAGGAAUACUCUCAGUGCAAGGGGAAAAGCAUCAGCACCAACGAAAAGUGCUUAGUCUCGCCUUCUCGUCUGCACAGCUACACCAGUCCCUGCCUAUGUUACAAUCCUGUGGCGCUAGGCUCGUGGAACGCCUCAAGGACAUUUCGGACGAUCACACAGGUGCAAUCAAUGUCUUGGAAUGGACGCGUAAAGUUGCUCUGGACAUUGUCGGCACAGCCUCGUUUAGAUACCACUUCGGUAUGCUUGACGGUGAGCACAGCGAACUAGGAGCCGCUGUGACGAAUCUCCUCGGUGACGCCCAGAUCAAUCCUUCUACGAAAGAAUUGUACAUCCGAAGUCUAUGGCGAUAUUUACCUGAUCGUGUUCUGAAAAUCAUGAAAGACCGAAUGACCAGCAGGGAGAGCACACGAUUUACGCUCUUCGGCCGUACGGCCAAAGCAGCUGCGAAGCGAAUAUUCCAAGAACGACUCCCCGUCGUCGCUGGGCAAACUGAUCUGUCAGAGAAAGAUAUUGUCAGCCUUUUGGCAUCAACGUUGGCAUGGUUUCUCUAUGAACUGGGUGUGCACCCAGAGCAUCAAGCCAGAAUUCGAGAGGAAAUCGAAGCUUGCCAAGGGGAAAUCCUUUCAUUGGCUGACUACGAUUAUAUGCCAUUCUUGAAUGCUGCUAUAAAAGAAGUCCUCCGUCUAUAUCCUACCAUUCACUCGCUCGUAAGGAUGCCGAGCAGGGAUGAGGUUCUUCCCCUUGCGGAACCCAUUAUUACACAAGACGGAAGGAUCUUAAAUGAAGUCCCCGUUUCGAAGGGUCAGACUGUUAUCGCAUCUCUGUAUAUUUACAAUCGUAUGCCGAACAUCUGGGGAAAGGACGCUGGUCAAUGGAAUCCUGAACGUUUCCUUGACGAUGAGAAGAAGCAAGGACCGCUUGGAGUGCACUGGUGCUCGCUCUUGCCUUGGAGUGAUGGAGAUCCAAGUGGUCAUUGUGGAGCUUCUCCGGUUGAAUUCAGCCCGCCCGAAGACGGAUCUGUGAUGAGAGAGUACCCUGGUUCUCAGAUGAUCCUCCCGCUUGUGUGUGGGAAGACCGGCGAAGGAGCGCAGGUCCCGUUAGAGCCGGGUGAUAUGUGGGGCCGAGAGUCUGUUCACGCUGAGAGCGAAGCUUUCUAG